GAAAAAAACUUGAGACUCUUAAAUUUUCGAAAAACGAAAGGGUUUUUAAAAAUAAUUAAAAAUUCUAGUGUAUAAAAUGUCAUUGGCCGACAUGGGUACAGCGACUCGAGGAGGUGGCGUAGCCGCUAUCGAUCAUAAUUCAGGUGGCGGCGUUGGUGGAAGCGGUGCUGGUGGUGGAGCUGGUGGCCUACCAGGAGCCGGUCGUAUGACUCAUUCACUGAGCACACCAUCUGGAGUCGAUGGUACACCAUCGACGCCCCGUCAUCGUGGCGGUAAAAAACUAACUGUGCGCAUACAAAUGUUGGACGAUACUGUAACAAUGUUUCAAGUUCAGGCCAAAGCUUUGGGUAGAGUCUUAUUUGAACAAGUAUGCCGUCAAUUGAAUUUAUUGGAAGCCGAUUACUUUGGCCUUGAAUAUCAGGAUAACAAAACGAAUACGAAAUAUUGGUUAGAUCUUGAGAAGUCACUAAAUCGUCAAGUGGACUUAUCUCUAAUCGAUCCAAUGUUACGGUUCUGCGUGAAAUUCUACACUCCGGAUCCCUCACAACUAGAAGAAGAAUACACCAGAUAUUUGUUUUGUUUGCAAAUUAAACGUGAUUUAGCUACGGGCAGCCUUCAGUGCAAUGACAAUACAGCCGCCCUAAUGGCCAGCUAUAUUGUACAGGCGUCAUGCGGUGACUAUGUAGCUGAAGAUUAUCCGGAUCAUACGUAUUUGUCAUCGUAUCGUUUUGUGCCACAUCAAGAUGCCAUUAUGCAAAAAAAAAUUAUGGAAAACCAUAAAAAACAUGUCGGCCAAUCACCAGCUGAAGCUGAUUUAAAUUUGUUGGAAACUGCAAGACGCUGUGAAUUGUAUGGCAUGAAAAUGCAUCCAGCCAAAGAUCACGAUGGUAUGCCCUUGAAUUUGGCCGUUGCGCAUAUGGGCAUAGCAGUCUUUCAGAAUAUUACACGCAUCAAUACCUUCUCAUGGGCAAAGAUAAGAAAAAUUUCUUUCAAACGUAAACGUUUCCUAAUUAAAUUACAUCCUGAGGGUUAUGGUUUUUACAAAGAUACAGUGGAAUUUCUUUUUGAAGAACGUAAUGCGUGUAAAAAUUUUUGGAAAAAAUGUGUUGAAAAUCAUGGAUUUUUUCGCUGUGCUGUUGUACAAAACCAGCCGCGACGUAAAACAAAAGUUUUAUCCCGUGGCAGCUCAUUUCGAUAUAGUGGACGUACACAAAAGCAGAUAAUUGAUUUUGUGCGAGAAAACUACGUAAAGCGGCAAAAUUUCCAAAGGUCACAGUCAUUCCGGCAAGGGCCCUUGAAUGCUAGUAGCCGAAGUCAAUCGCAUACCUAUGUGAACUCCAGCAUUUCAGCCAAUCCUUUACUCCCAAUUAAUACCGCGGGUUGGGAUUAUCGCAAUCCAUGCACCGACUCGAUGACGCCUUCUCUGACGAAGAAGGCAGCGGAUACCUUGGAUCGCCGACAAGACAAUCCUACCGACCACAUGCGUUCUCAAGUCACAGCAGCCCAGGUGGAGAUUUAUCCGACGAAGAGUUAUGCUCCGGAAUCGCCAACCUCGGGGGCGGCACAGCAACACCACUCGGCAGUAUCUACGGAACAAAUGAGUUCGAAACGCUCUGCCUCACCGCAGGGCCGACAAUCAUGGACUUCACCUCAACACAACAACAGCAAUCACAGCAAUCAUCAUCCAACACUCCAACAACAGCGCGCCCCAGAUCAGGCUCGUGUGCAUCAAGGCGAUCACAAUUUAGGUCUGAGCCACUUGUCCCACUUAUACAGCAGCAGCACCCCUCGUCGAGUCUCAGUGGCAUCCCAAGCGUAUGUCCCUGUAUCGCCGCAACACAUUGCCAUCAUCAGCAACAGCAGCAGCAACAACAAUACCAGCAACACCCACCACACUAUCACCACCAAUACGGUGGGUCUUUCGGUGGAUCUCAACAGCUCUAUGGAAUUGGAUCAGGUGGAGGAGGGGGUGGGGGUGGAAGUAGUAUUGGAUCAUCCGCCGGUGCUCCUAUUACCGGAGGAACAGGAGGAAUUGGACCUGGUCUCACAAGAGGAGGAAGUGGAUUCGGUCUUGACAGCAUCUACUACCAAUCGGGAGAGUAUGGUUUCGGCACAGGGUCAAACGCAAAUUGCCCCUCAUCCGCAGCUUCGGUUACAGGAGUCCCGAUCGCAAACUGUCACCCCAACCCAUUAUAGCAGUACCAAUUAUUCGAUGUCUAAACAGUGCUCAAUGCUUAACAAUGCGACCUCAACGGAAACCGAAACAGACAAUAUUAUCUACACGGACAUUACUGACGUCGGUCAUUAUAAGUACCCUAACUUUAAUGCUGCGAAAAUGGAAAAUAAGAUUUCAAACAGUGAUACACUUAAUUUAAAUGAUCGAAAUGACAUAUAUGCUACGGUUAAUCGGAAAAACAAAUCCAAAUCUCGUGAAAAGCAUUUUAGUGAUGAAUUUAUUGAUGAAUCGAUACUUCACUAUACGCGAGCCAAGCAAUUAGGGAUAGCAGCGGAUAUACGUAUGCCGUAUGGCUCAGCCACGCAUAGCGAACAUUCUAGUCUCAGUUAUCAUUUUCAUAAUGAUCUUAAUCAUCCUUCCGAUUCGUCAUCUUCAUAUUUUGGUACAGGUUUCAAUACGAAACGUUAUCCUUCGACUGUUAAUAGUGAUCGCAAUAAGUUAGCGUUUUCCGAUAAUUAUUUAAAUCCCUCCAUGGAUUCCCAAUCCUCUGCUUCAGGUAUUAGCAUUCCCAGACACACUCACUCUUUACCACGCAAUUCCGAGUUAUCGGGUGUAGAUUCGGUCGAUUCAUAUGACAGCCAUUAUCUUACGCAUCAUUCGAUUAGCAAUUUACAGCGAAGUUCGAAUAUACCGCGCGCCAGUAGUUCAGGAUAUCGUCACCACACUUAUCAUUUGCACGAUAGCAAGCCCGUCAGCUCUGCUGAAGAGCGUAGCGCUGCUGGGUCACCAAUGGAUCGUUUCAAAACCUCCUCCGAAAAGCUCGAAUAUCAAAUGUCUUCAGCCAAUUUGUAUUCCACGGCCCAAUAUAAUGAAAAUGUCGCGUAUAAUGGUGAAGAUCAAGAGGACGGAGAUGACGAGGAAGAUGUCGACGGUGAAAAUAUAUAUGAUCAAGUAGAAAAAGAGUCCUGGCUAAAAAGCUCCUCUUGCAGAGAUCUUUAUGAUUUUUCUACAUUCUACGGCCGUGAGAAGUCCAAACCGAUGACUGCUUUCGAUAAGGAGUUCUUUUCGUUUAAUCGAAUUGAUUCUCCUGUUACACGUUACGAUGAUUCAAGGCAUUCGAUGUAUCUUACAAAGAAUCAUUCGAUCGAUGCCACUCAAGGCUUUUCACCUCUUGAUCACACUAAAGUGUAUUCUUCUAGCUAUCCAGGCAGCACUUAUAAUACACAAGAUCAUCAUCAUCGACGUGGCUAUGGUCAUCAUGUAGAUUACACCGGAUCACAAGAUGAUAUCUCGCAAGAUAGUUACGAAUUGCUGGAGAAAUAUGAUAUUGACUUUUUCAGUAAUCGACGCCGUUCUGAAGAUCACGCUCGUUCCUGUUCUUUAGAUUCCGGCAAUUAUAUCCCCUCAGACGAUGAAUCAGUAUCCGAACAUCACCAAAAAUAUCGUUCAGCAAUGGAUGUCAAGUGUAAAUCUGCAGUUGACAUUAUGAACGAAAUUUGGGAUGCCGAGGAUCCUCGCUAUUUACCGCGUGAGAAACUGUGUGUUAAAUCUGAUGGCAGUUUCUAUAAAAAAAUUAAAGACACUUUGUCUCGCACUUCGAGCCAAGAAAGUCGUAGUGAAAUUUAUGAAACCAAAAUCUCCCGUAGCUCAGAUUCGAGCAAAAAAUCUCGCGACAGUCUUUACCACACUGACAGUAAAAAAUCCCGUGAAACUACCAAGUCUAAGACAUCAGUAGCUUCUAGCCAGGAUUCUAAAGAAUCCCUCGUAGGUGACUGUCUUGGCAGAAACUACGAGAUGCCAACCACUACUGGUAAAAAAUAUAAACAUCUGAGCAAAAAAGAACAAUUUUUACAAUCAAGCCAAGAGUCUAAGAGCGAUUACUACGAUGCUGUUGAAUCUGUCGAGACCGAUAGCUUAUGCGGCCGACAGAAAGUAAAAAGUCAUGACUGCCUGCUUUCUGACACCCACAGUGCAAAUAGCUCAUUCUAUGAUAGUCGGGAUACUUAUUCCACUUUUCCCAGUAAUAAAACUCAUAAAACGUCUAAAGUUCACUCCAUAAGUUUACAAAAUGUUGAAAUCGAACGCAAUGCCAAGUCCUUUGGCUCCAAAUCACCAGAAAUUCUUACAAACACUCCGGCUACCGUCAAAAAACGCGAAGAAAAAGAAAUUCAAACCAACGAUUCGAUCGAUCAAACAGCUCCCUUCAGAAAAACGGAUUCGCAAUCGUGUAAAAUAUCUGCUUUUCGUAGACGUUCUGAUAGCGAAAAUAUUUUCAGUUUUGAUCAGGAUCGCAUAGAGUGUAUUGAAAAAUACGGCAAGCACUGGGAAAGUCCUGGCAAAGAGGAAAAAUCUAAACAAAGUCCGGAGUAUCCUUUAACACCAGAAUUAAUAUCAGAAUUUGAGAAGCAACAAAAUCGAGUUAUUCACCAGAGAAUUACACGCAAAGAAGAACUUAUGGCUAAAACGCACUUUGAGGAAUACAAUCCUAUAAUGGUACCGUUAAAUUAUAGUCAUGCUACAGUUGAACGCACGAAAAGUGAUCCUAAUUCUUUAGCAAAUCGAGCUCGUUUGGGCAGUAACUCUCGACGUCAUGUGCUUAUGCAUCAAAAGUCCAUUGAUCUUACACCCGCCGAUUCCAGCGACGAAGACUAUAUUUACAAACAGAUCCCUAGUGCCCCGCCUCUUUGCAAAGCUCAUGGCAACUUUGAAAUUCCCAAAUGCUAUGAUACACAACCAGUUCCCGUGGUUGAUAUUGUAAAAACCGGUUUUGAGAUGCCCAAAAGCUUCUUCAUGGAAUACGAUCGCCGGUUUACAAAAAUACUAAAGGAAGAUAUUCCGUACAUUCUGCACAAACGUCAUGUUAUGAACGGAACUGCCCCUUCGCCUAAUGACAAGAAACAUGCAAAACCUAAAUCUCCCAAGUCCCCAAAAUCACCGAAAUCUCCCAAAUCACCGAAAUCGCCAAAAUCCCCAAAAUCACCUAAAGUCGAAGGUAGCAAGUCAAUGAUUGUGUCCAGUGUUGGAGCAGUCGACUUUCUACCAGAUAUUUUAGAUAGUCUGUUACCAGCGGAAACCAAAGAAUUUCUUUUUACUCAAAAUAUAGACCUCUCCAAAGUGGAUCCCAUUACUUUAGAAAUAGACAAAACUAUACCAACUAUACAACUGUCGUCACCUAAACGUGAUAUAACAAUGCAAAUGGAUCCUUCGUUGUUGGAAAAAUUGAAUAAGAAGCUCAGCCAAAUUGAAAGCGAUUCCGCCACUAGUUCAAGAACGGAAAGCCUGCAACAACAGAAGAAUAAACUUGAACAAAAACAAAUAGAAUUACUACAAAGUUUAAGAAAAGAGCUACAAGCAAACGCGCGAAAAGCGGUCAAGUCCAGAGUUAUACCUAAAACAAAGAUAUCAGUUAAACCAAAGAAAGCUAAGACCCGUAUAACAUCAUUCUCGUCCGAUGACGAAAGUCUUGAUUCCGACGAUGUGUUUGGAUCUGCAGAAGCAAUACCAGCGCAUCUGGAAUUCUCUCCUCCCCAAUCGCGUAAAGAAAUAGAACCGAUCUUACGUAUAGAACAAAGUCGUUUAAUUUCUGCCGCUUGGGGUAGAGGUCAGACAAUGAGUUCAACAGAAAUUGAAGGAUCUCCACCACAAUGUAGGCGUUUAGCCGAAUUGGAAAGCCGUUACCAUACAAAUAACAAUAAGUUAGAUCCGCAAUAUGCUAAUGCCACAGAACUGCGACGUAUAUCUGAACGGUCCAUAUCCAUACCAUCUUCAGAGGAUGAACCUCAUGUGCCAGCUCGGCACAAAGACGAAUGUACCAACGAAUAUCAACGCAACGAAAAUAUUCCGUCACCGAUACUCGAACAUACCGAGUUCUUUCGAAGCAACGACGACAUAUACGAAACGUGCCAUGAAGAAAAAAUUACUGCAUCCGAUAUUGAUUAUACACUUAAGAAAAAAACCUCUCAGCAACGUUCUGAUAAAACUAAGUCUAAGGUGAAAUUGAUUGAAGAGAUUAUUGACUCAUCGUUAGUAAUGCGCUCCAAAGGGCAUGCUCCUAUACUCUUCGCUCAUGCUCGUCUAAAUCUCUCAGAAGGCUCAGUAUCUCUCCAACGACAAAAAGCUACGCUCGAAUCGCCGACGACUGAAAGGCGGACAAAGAGUUUAGAUACUCCCGUCAUAUCGCUACAUCGUUUGCCACCUAUGAAUGCUUUUUCGUCUAAAGACGAUACGGUUGGCUUUGAGGAAGAGGCCGAAAUCCUUGAAGAGAAAACUUUAGAGCAUGUGAAACCCCAACAACAGGAUGAUGAUACAGCAGAUAGUGUGCAUUCAUGUGCUGGAUCUAUUCCUACUCAAAGCAGUUAUGUUACACCUAGUAAAGAUUUGCUCCUUAACGCAAUAACUAUAGAUGCGGAAGAAAUGGGAUUAUUAAACCAACUUAAAUUUAUAGAAAAAAUUGCAUUGCAGGGUGUGAAAAUUAAAGAUAAAAAAAAGUCCAGAAUGAAACUGAAAAGUGGAAAUCAUUUGAUUUUAAAUAUACCUAAAUAUAGGUUCACGGAUUGGUCACCUUACAGCUCAGCAAACAGCUCUAGGAAAACGUCCCCUGGAGUAUCGCGGGCCAGCAGUAUAGAGAGUACAGGGAAAGGGAAGCUAAAAGCUUCUCAAAAUGAUAUAUGCAAAUCGAAAUCCUUCACAUCUCGAUCACGCCCAGAAUCUAGGCGCACUAGUGCUGAUGAUAUCAAACAACAGCAUUUACAAAAAGAUGGUAAAGGUAAAAAGACCAGUCCUAAGGAACGACCACGUUCAAUUGAAGCUCGUCGUCUUAGCAAGGAUAAGAGCAAAAGUCAAGAAGAAACUGAAGCCGACAUAAUUAAACGUAAAGAGCGCCAACAAAAACUUUAUGAGUCUGCUAUGAAACAAACCAUUACAAUGUUGAGUCCGGUAAAAGAUACUCUACCGCCCUUCCCUGCACCUGAAGAUAAAAUUUCUGUAAAAACCGAAGGUGAUAAAAUAAUAAUCGAAACGGAAUUUAAAAGCAAAGCUGAAGACCACGUUUUAAUUGCUAAAGCUCCCCGAAAGCUGGAUACUUCGUUGGUGAAAUUCAGCCGUAGUUUUGACGAGGGCCGUAGCCCUGAUAAGCUUGAAAAAGCAAGCCGCAGCUUUGAGGAUCGUAACAAAUCUUUUGAAGAAUCUGAAAAGUCCGAUGUACCAGAUGACAUGAUAAUUAAGUCGCCUAAAAAAAUUGCCAAAAGCCAGGAAAUUAAACAAAAAAUUGAAGGUCCUGUGAUCCUUCAAAAAAAAAUCGAUAUCAAAUCCAGCAGCAUGGAAAGACCUGCAGAGCAUCAUUAUCUAGGAACAGACGUAAAAGCACGCAGUUUAGACGACAAGAAACAAAAUCAAACGGAUACAAGAAAAACUGAGGAGAAACUGCCUAUACGAAGUGCUAUAGGUGAUCGACGAAUGUUUGCGCAUCAAUUUAAUGUGCAAGAAGAUAUAGACAUGCAAGCUGUUAUUUCCGAAAGACGGUCAUUAGAAAUAUUAAAACGCUCUUUGCCUUCCGAAGAUACCAAAGAUAGUGAGGGUACUUACAGUCGCAAACCUUCGACUGCGGAUAGCUUAGACUCGUUUGUUUCCGUAGACGAAAGCCAUUCUCCAGCCAGUAAAAGUCCUGUACCUCCAGCUGAAGGAGGUUAUCCUCAUCGAGUGCCAACUAUUGAGUGCGAAGAGGCGUCGAUUGAAGAAGACGAUAAUUCUAUGGGAUCACGACAUUUAAAAGUUUCACGUUUAGAUACUAAUCGUUUAAGUUUGGAUCGUAGCCGUAGCGACGAAACUGGUUCCUGGAUGACUGUUGAAUGUGACGAAUUUGUCGGCUCAGAUACAUCGGACAAUGAACCUCGCACCUUAGAACCAGAACGUAAUGUGCUUGAGACGCAAGCCACUCUUGACGAUGCCGUUCCGCUAGAAUAUUCUAACUGUGCUACCCCAACUUCUGAUCUUAAUAUACUAGUGACACCGCCUAACACUAGUCCCAUGAUUGAGAAAUCAGUAAUAGAAACUUUCGAAAAACAAAUGGAAAGACCAGAACCAAAAAAAAAACCUAUACUUGAAAAACAAAGUGAUAAAUCAAAGAGUUCUGAUUCAUGGACCAGCGGCGAAAAGGACGUGAGUCCUGCAAGAGGAGAAAAACAACAAGAGUGGAGUUUAUCAGUCAGCGCGGGUAAAGAAAAAAGUUCCGUGGAAGAAGAAUCUAGCGUCAGUUGUUCUAUUGCCAGACCAAUGGGUAUAUCACAAGAUUUUGGGGACGUUGAAGCAAAAAAAUGCAUGGAGCUUAAACAAAAAAUGUUGAACCUAGAAAUAAGUAAAACUGCUGACAGUAAACCGCCACCGUCGAGUCCACUGUCAAGAGACACAACUCCUACAAAUGAUCCUAGGCAAGGACAAGCAGAAAAUAAGGUUGUGGUCAAAAAGCCUUCUACCCCUACUUUAGAGAAACAAAGUCCUAUCGAUUUAGGCAUAAGCACAGAAUCUUACUUGGAGCCCAUAGAAGAAAAAAUAGCUAAAAUUUUACAGCGGCCGGAGGAUACUGAAUCUAGUUCGGGAAGUUCUAAAAAGCCUCCAAAAAUCGAAAAGCCUGUUAGAAAAUUAGCUGUUGGGCGGGCAGAUAACGAUAAAGCUCUAAAAUCUGGUAGCAGUUCUCAGGAAUCUAAAUCAAGUUUUGACUCUAAGGGUUCACUUAGUGUAGAAUCUCGUGGAUCAUUUGAAACGGAAAGCAGUUCAGGAUCCAUGGGGGCUGCUCAAAGACGAGGCGAACUACAAAUGAAAGAGCAGCAGUCUACAUGGAAGGCCUUCCCUAUAGAGAGCAGCGGAAGCUCCAGUACCGACGAUCCAUGGCAUCAUGUAGAUACCGAUGGUUAUGAACGUUAUGAUGCGAACAACCCUUUACGCGAUUCUUCAGACAGCGAAUUCAAAGAAGUUUCACCAGAUGAUCAAAAAGAGAGCGACACUAGCUUUCAAGAUGAAUUGAAUGACUUUCCAACUACUUUUGGUUACCCAGCUAUGACUAGUUCCCUAAGCGGCAUUGGCGUUAAUCCUACUGAUAUCAUUGGGUAUAGUACGGGCUUUACUCUGGGGAGAACUUUAUCAAGAAUAUCUGAGCGUAGUACAGCUUCUGAGAAAUCUAGCAUGGAGGACGACGUUAGCAAAGCUUCAACACACUCUGUAAGCAUGCGAGACGAAUCAGUAGGCUCCACAGAUCAUCAACCCAGUUUAAGUUCAGAUUCCAGAAGUAAUACUAACUUAGCCUAUAUAUCAGACGCAGAUCGACGAACAUCUGCCGAAAUGCCAGAAAUACCAUGCGAUUCUGCCACUGGAGAUCGUUUAUCCAGCAUAGGUAGUUUAAAUGAACCAAAAUCGCCCACCGUAGUAACAGGACGUUUUUCGGUCACUCAAGUUGAAGAGGAGCAAGGAGAAGAUCGUCAUACUUUGAUGUGUUUAUCGAAUGCUGGCAGCCAAGAUUCGGAAGAUUGGCCAUUGCCCGAAAUACCGUUCGAUCACGUUCCAGUAAAGCCAGAGGAAUCUAUAUAUCACAUGCCCGACCUUGAUAAGCCCGUACCCAAAUCUUUUUGUUGGAAAGCUAGUAGGUCCUUCCAGUCGCAGGACUCUCAAGAUUGGCCUUCACCACCAUCUAGCGCAAUAGAUGUACCGAUUGUUAUAGAAAAUGUGGAGACUUUCUAUACUUCGGAAGCGCAAAAAGCCGAUCAAGUGAUGAUCGAAUCAUUUACGGCAACUGAUCAAACAGAAGACGAAUUUCAAUCGCCAAACGAAGAUAGGCUUUCCAAUGAAGAUUUUCCAAUCACGCCUCCAGAUGCAACUAGAAUCCUAUCUUACGAAGACACAGCAUAUUUGAUGUCAUCAGCAUUCGAUGAUAAAGAUUUUGGCAGUGAUGACUUACAACAUGACACUCCCACUUGCUUAAGUUCAACUUUAAGCGCUGCUUCGUGUUUAUCUAAUUCAUUCAACAUUACUUGUUCAUCUUCGCCCAAGUCCCAGCAGUUCAGCUCUUUACGAAAAGAUUCUAGUCCCGACUCCGUCGUAAUGUCACAACCAACGCGUUCACCUGCGCCACGCAGUCCUCUCUCAGAAGAUGAAGUGUUCUCUGGAGAUGAUGUUUUCAUGCCUGGCACAAUACGUGUUCAAUUAUCUCCUGAUGAAAACCGCACCCAUGAGUACAUACGAAAAUUAUCACGUGGAUCCAAUAAUUCAGAUACCUCCAUAGACGAUAUUCUGUCCACAUCCGGUGGCACUUAUAUGGAUGAUCAAACGACAGUUAGGCGCAACUUUGAACCGCGUCUAAGUAGUGGAUCCUGUAAGAAAUGCAGUCACUCCAGUCAUUCAGAAGAAGAAACCAGUUCCAUUGGCACCGAUUUAGAUGGCACCGUGCGGAUGGGCUUACAACAAAAAAAAUGCACGCAUAGCUCGCAUUCAGAAGAUACUUCCAUAGGUUUAAGUAUUUCCGAAUGGUCUACAGGUACAAAUACAGUUAGACAGUACGCGAAUCUUUCAGGAUCAGAUAGUUUGUCGGCUGUUUCAACACAUUCUUGUGCAAAAAGUGAAAAGUCAUAUCACACAAAAUCAAGCAUGAGUUCGAUAAACAAAUCCGCUGAAAGUCUAAAUGAGCAAAGUUGUAGCUUUUCAAACAAAUUUUCGGGUGAAAAUGGUUCAUCUGAUGGCCUUCGUUAUGACAUUUUGUCAAAUUCGGAAACCGACAAAAUGUCUGAAACAACUUCGGCCACAAAAAGCGACGAUACAACUUUAACGUUAACAGAAAUGGCCCAUACCAUCACUGAAUGGUCCACAUCCAGCAGCAGGACAUUAGUAGGAGCAGGAGCGGGCGAAGGCCAAACAGCGGAACUUAGGGGAGGAAAUCGACGAGGCAGUUACAUCGAUUAUGCACCAAUUAAACAGACGAGAUUGGGUAAUAACAAAAAGUCUCCCAGUGAAGAGAAAAGAAGCUCUUUACCUCAAGUGCAUCGAAGAAGUGGAAGUAAUGGUAAUCAACGCGUAAGCACUGAAGAUGUAGUUCAAAGAACAUCUCCACCAAAAAUAAAUGAUAAUGUCAGACCGGGAGUGCCAGUACGUGUUCUUGGGAAAGAUGACAUGGCUGACACUUCAACCGCGGCACGAAAACGUAAAUCGUUGGAGAUGAUGUCGAAACUUUACCAAAGUCAAGAGAUUUGUUCUGAAAGUGAAUCAUUUGUAGAGCGCUUGUAUUCCCCGAAUGAAAAAUUAACAGAACGUUAUCAAAGUCAAGAAUUCGUGCCACUGCAUGUUCAAUCGCAACCACAAUCAACUAGCCAAGCAUCAGGACAAACAAAAACUCAGAAGCCAAAAGCCCCUCAACCACCUGGAAAGCCAAAACCGCAACAACCAACUGCCAAACCAAAAUUGAAAGUCACGCAACCUUUAAUGCAAGCCUUAUUGAAACACAUGAAAACCCCGGGAAAAGCUGAGGAAGCAGCAGCAGCCGCCGCUGCUGCCACCAGCGAAAGUGCAACCGUUUCGCAGCAACAAGAGGAAGAGAAGAUGAAACCUAAACCGCCGCCUAUACCGACAAUUCCACCUAUUACUACGCCCGAUGAUUUACCAAAAACCAUAAGUCCGCCAGGUGAAAAGCCUUUAGCUAAGCACCAUAGCUACGAUGAUAAAACUCUGUCAAAGUCACAAAUACGAGAAUAUAAAACCAGUAAAAUACGGCAAUCGAACUCAUUCCAUGAGCAUAUGCUCGCCCAAUCUCAACAAUCCUCCAUUGAAUCUAUGCCUCCUCGCAUUGACGAAGAGUUAUCGUCUGUGGGCGGAGGUACUACUAGUGGAGCCUCAUCGGCCACCAAUACGACAAAUACUUUGAACAGCGAAAAUACGACGAGCACUGAAAACUUAUCACCUAUGUUGCCGCAAAGAGCUGAAAAAUUAAUAAAAUGCUCUCCCUAUUAUUCGAGCAGUUUGAGUUCCGAGUCACCACCCAACCAACUAAUACAAAAGCCACCACGUAAAAGUUCCAUUUCACGGGCGCCAAUGGUAAAAAGCCCGCCAAGUGGCAACGAUACUGACAGUUCUGUGGAUGUACGGGCUCAAGAUCCUAAAUUACGCAGUCGAGGUUAUCGGAAAAAACGACAAAUAACGGCGAAACGCUUAAAGCCUAGCGAUCGCAUGCCUAUGGAACAAGAAAGUUCAGAAUGUUCGGAAGGUUAUUUGCCAGGACCCGAUUCUGAUCCUUCAAAUAGGCUAGACGAUCAAUACUACGAGUUUGACGAAGAGCUUGAGCAAGAAACCGAUGAGUACGAUGAUUAUCCCCAAUACUCGGGGGCUGCAUAUUCAUCCACCUCAUCCGCUUUCGAGAGUUUAGAUAUGACGGAUAAUGUCGAUGAAAUGGGCUUCCCGCGCUAUGAUCGUCUCAGUCACAUAACACAGCCUAUUUAUCAUCAAGCUUUCCAGCAAAUUCAAGCCCGUACAAAUUAUACGACAACCAAGCCAGCACCUACCAAUCAUCCAAUGCCACCACCGAAUGGUCAACCCAUUAAACCAGCCCGUACUAAGAAACGUCAACUAAAACGCGAGGAUUCUAUGAUGGGCUCCUCAGCACAAUCCUCAACGUCGAUACAUUACAGUAAAAUUCAUUAUCGCGGAGAAGAAAGCGAAGUAGAAACAAAAGCCGGUCUUUCAGAUGAUGUGAAUAACAGCAGCGAAGACAGCGGUAGAUUUAUACGAAGUUCUGGAACGAUACGUCGUGCGACCGUCUCGCAACAAAUAUGCAAAACCGAUCGAGACGACAUCGAAUUACCCUAUCCCGAUUUUUUGUCCGAUUGCGAAACUGAGCCCAUAGAAUAUGAACGUUUUGCUUGUGGCCUUGAUAUACGAGUUGACCCACCACCCAAAUUUCAUGAUUCCGAUGAUUUGAGUGAUCAGUAAAUGAUUAAAAAAUCGCAAGCAUUCAGUUCCCUUAAAGACUUUACAAAGUUAACACAUAAAACAAUAUAAUCAAAAUAAAUUUUAAAAAACUUUUACAAAUCUAUAACCACUUGGGGGGCAAAAAAAAAAAACGAAUUAAGAGUUUAACGAAAUGUUUUUAAUUCAAAGAGAAAAAAAAAUUUUUUUUUCUUACUUCCCCUAAAAUAUGUACGGUAUAAAGUGAAAUCAUAUUCAUUAGUAAGAUGCAAGACGGAACUAAUGCAAUUUCUUCACAGUAAAAUUCGAAAUAAAUUUAAUACAAACAUGAUUAUAUAAAUUAUACUAUAAUCUGAAAACGAACGAUACGUAGAAUGUUGUCUGUAGUUAAAAUUGAUAAUGAUAAUAAAAAUAAAAUACAUACGAAAAUUCAUAUAGGUUGAGUUAUUUAUUUAAAAAUAAAUAAC